CAUAAAUGAAAUAGACAAACCAUUCAACACGUGUUAAAUCAUCACACAUUGCGUCAAAUCAACAGGUGGCGACAUAUUAAAAAAAUAUUUUGCAUCCGUUUGAGACAGUCGACAAAUCCUCUUUCUCAAUAGACUCUCCCCCUCAUAUAAGUACCUUAUUGGGUAACUAAUUAACAAAUUGUAGGCUAAUGACUGCGGAACCGUGGCGUACUGAAGUUUUGCUUACUAAGUGUUAUCGUCAUUCGUGGUGGAGAUCUCCGAGUUUUGUGAGCGCUGUGAUAUUUACCAAUUCAAUGGUCCAUUGAUUUCGUGAUCCCCGAGUUUUGUGAGCGGUAUCUCGGUGCGUCCAUUGAUUCCGUACCGUGACCCCCGUGUUUUGUGAGCGCUUUCCCUGGGUGUCUUUUGAUUUCGUACCGUGACCCCCUGAGUUUUGUGAUCGUUAUUCGGGGGUGUCGUUUGAUGUUGAAUAGUGACUCACCAUGGAGAUCCCCCGGAGAUUCGUGGUCGUUAUAAUGGGAUUUUUUGGACUUUUGUGCACGUAUUCUCUGAGAACGUGUUUCUCUUUAGUCAUGGUGCACGUCCUUCGUAGAGAUUUGUCUCAAACAAACUUCCCCUUCAAGGAGUGCACGAUCAACGGAACAAGCAUGGAUCUUCACCUGCCUUGGAACCCGUCCUACACACAAUACUUUAACUCGGCAUUUUUCAUUGGGUAUUUCCUCACUCAGCUGCCUGGAGGGUAUCUCGCUGCACGAUUCUCAUCUUCAAGGAUUUUCGGCGUGUCCAUCCUCCUCAGCGGUAUAAUGGUGAUUCUUCUAUCGUUUGUGGUAGCAUAUGGACCUGCAGUAGUUUUUUCUAUUCGUUUAAUUCAGGGUCUUUUUGAGGGUAUGUCGUUACCUGCUAUGAAUGGUGUUCUAUCUGCGUGGUCACUUAGUACAGAAAAAUCAAGGAUGGUCACGUUAACGUACUCUGGAGUGUAUCUAAGUCCCGCCGUCGCAUUCUUCAUCACCGGUCUAACAACAUGUUAUGUCAGUUGGAACUCGAGCUUCUUUAUCUUUGGAAGCCUGGUGAUUGUGUUUUCCCUUCUUUGGAUGUUUUUGGUUUAUGAUAACCCGAAAUCCAAUCCAAAUUUGUCUGAGAAGGAGAGGAGCUUCUUUGACAGAGAUGGACGAUGUAAAACUUCGAAAGACACGGUAAGGAAUGUACCAUAUCGAAAGAUACUGACGUCACUACCGGUUUCCGCAGUAUUUGUGGGGAAUUUUUGCAGGAAUUGGAUUUUCUCAAUGCAGGUGUCUCAGCUUCCUCAGUAUUUUGCUGACGCAUAUGGAAUGAAUGUCGCCAGUAUAGGAUUUCUUUCCGCACUGCCGGACAUUUUGAUGGUCAUAGUGGUCGUUGCAGGAGGCAUUUUGAUAGAUAAAAUCAUUACGACUGGAAAAGUCAGCACCACUGUCGGCAGAAAAAUUGCACAAUGUUCUGGUUUUGGGAUCGAGUCUUUGUGCGUGCUUAGUUUGGUAUUCAUUAGAGAUUUUAGACUGGCAGUUAUCAUUCUAAUGAUUGGGAUUGGAAUUAGCGGAAUGGCAAUGUCUGGCUACGUGGUCAAUAUCCUAGAUCUGGCCCCACAAUAUGCUCAUAUUGUCACAGGAAUUACCCGGAUCAGCUGUAUUGGUUCUGUGUUAAGUACCGCCCUAGCAGGUUAUUUAAGAGAAGAGAAUAUUGAAUCUUGGCAUAGAAUAUUCCUAAUAGCGGGAAUAAUUCAUAUGUUUGGAGCAAUUUAUUAUGGAAUAUUUGCUUCUGGUGAAAGACAGAGUUGGGCGGAAACAACGGAUAUAACGUCAUCAGGAAGUACGGUUGCAUUAGCAUCAUGCCCUGUUCAUGAGUAUGGAACAGUUUCACAAGACAAUGAUAAAGGCCUUGUAUCUAGCACUAGAGAGUGUGCAGAAAAACGGUAAAUCCCUGUGCAUUUCCAGGUCCAACAUCAGAACAGGAAUUCCGAUUUCUCUAGUGAUUUACAAACUGUAUAAUUUUGAUUGUGAUGUGUUUUGGUGGUUCAGGUAUCCGUUAUUACCCUGGCGUAGUUGCCACAAAAAUAUAGUUGUAGAAUAUUU